GUAUGGCUUAAAAAACUUCAAAUUAGGAUUAUUUAAAUACAGUAAUUUAAAAACGAAGGUCAUUUAAAACUCGCCAGCUGUUCAGUGGGUCACCUGGCCAGGUGGAAGAAAGACGACGUCACACAUCCAGUACUUUGACCCAGAAGCGGUGUUAAGAAGUAUAGGAGACAGAAGGAAGCAGAAACAUGCAACACCAGCUGGGAUCUACGGUCGGUGUUCUCUUGUGUGCUGUCACUAUUUUAGUGGUGCUAUCUGUCAUAGGAAGCAUUGUCUUGAUUUAUAAGAAAAGAAAAAGAUGUAGGCAAGAUUUUCUCAGUUCUUCAGGACGUUUGAGAGAUCGACUGGAUACAACCGAAUUUAUGAAUAGCCUGGCGACUAUUGAUAGAAAGUUAACUCUUGACGAGAUAUUAGAAAAGAGGAGGAAGGCCAUGUGGUCACACGAUUUACGUCUUCAUCAAAGUAAUGAAAUGAUCGUCACACUGGACUGAUAUAAAAUAUAUGUUUGGGUGUUUAGUUUUGGGUUAUGGAAGUAGCAACAGGAACGUGUUGAGGAUAUCACGUGUAUAAAGUCGUUUAGUGGGCCAACUCAACGAAUUAGUACCGUGAGAUACCCUCAAUACGUUUGUAUUACCACUCAUAUAACUCAAGAUUAAAUAUUCUGAUUGCCAUGAUUAUGUUAUUUGGCUGGACGAUUUGCAACGAUAUUGCAAUUUCUAAAUCGAUUUUUUGUACAGAUUCUUUUGUAAAGAUUUUCUAUUUUUAAUAUCUGUUGGAUAUUUAUGAAAAAUUAAAUAAUUUUGCAACUAAAUCAGAUGUAUAUAUUUACAUUCUGUUAUAUGUUUAAAAGGUUAAGAAGGAUCGCGUUAAUAAUACAGAAAAAAAAUAGUAAUAAACAAUAAAAUGAUUUCCAAGAA